AUGGAGAAUUCUUCAGCUCAAGCGGAGAAAAAGAAAUAUAACAAUGCCGUCAAUAAUUUGGAUGAUUUUGAGAUAAAUUUCUUUGAUGAUGAUUCGGAUGGAGAACAAGAAGAGGACGAUAGAGCGUUAAAUUCAAAGAAAGAUCUCCCAGACACUGCUUCCGUAACGUCGAAUUCUUUACUAAGAGCUACCAUCUGUGAACUGGAGCGAGCGUUGACGGACACGAGAAGGCUUCUGUUAGUACGAGAUAAAGAAAGCGCCACUUUACGGCAAGAACUGGAAAAAGCUCGCAAAGAUCUCCACAGAGAGCAACAAGUAAGAAAAAAACUUGAACGAGAGAGCGAGUCGAAGGAGGAGAAGCGCCGUAAGGAUGAAAACGAGAAAUCAAAAUUAGCAGAGGAGAUCAAAGAACUAAAAGAAAAGCUUCGAGAAUUUGAAAAUCCGCAGCAAGGAAGCGACCCAGAGGAGAUUGUACCUUGUUGUUCUUCUAUGCAUGAGUUAGUUGAGUUGCAGCGUAAAUUGAAAGAAACGGAAAAGCAAUUAACCGAUUUUAAGGCAAACAACCAGUUCCUGAACAGCGAGCAGAAAAUUUUGGCCACGAUGCCACAGUUUCCGAACAAAAGUGCAUCACCAAAGAACCAUAAACAGACUCAAAGAGAAAUGCAGACGCAGCUAAAAUUGAAAUUUCUACGUGAUGCUUUCUUCUACUAUAUGAUCGACUUCCACGCAGAUGAACAGAUGAGGGCCAUUUUAGCAAUUCUAGAUUACGAAGACAGAAGACACGAAAUCAUCAUUGAAUCGCACAAAAUGAAGAGACAGGGGAAAAAGUUCACUGUGACUGAGGUUUCUAGUAGAUCACUGACAUUUGUGCAAGAAGAGAAACUUUGAGAAGACUAUGUCGCUAUUUUGUACACGUUAAAGUCAAAGGCGUUUCUGCAGGAUUAGCGAUUCAAAUGGUCGACUGUGGAAUUAAAUAAAAAGCGAAGAAGUAAGAAUAAAUCAAAUAAGAGCCAGCAUGAAUGAAAACAUGGUCAAUAUUGACACGAAUUGCAGAUAGGAGCUUGAGUCAAAUUUUUGUGCUGUGAAGACUAUUUUCAGCUUGAAAGGGACCAUAAAUAUUCGUUUGAUAAAACAGGAAAUAAUACAGGGACAAAAAUGAACUACAAAUUCAUAAAGAUGGCUCAGGAUAGACAAGAUUGAAGCAGAUUGUAAAGUUUGUCUGCAAGAAAGAGAACCACAAGAGGGGUAAUUUUUAUAAAAAAUUUUUUUCAGGUUGCACUCAAUGUUACAUAGAUCUUCAAUUAGUUGCCUACAACUAGCUUUAACCAUGUAACUUAUAGGAAUGUCUUAACAUGUAAAUUCUCCCAAAAAAACUUUAGAAAUUAUGAUGCAAGUAGGUGAUGAGAAAAAAAAAAACUAGCAGCUAGAGAGGUAAUAUCUUGAUCCACCUCCAAAUUCUCACCUUGAUUUCAAAGGAAAAGUAGGAAAGCAACAAGGGAGAAUUACUAAUCAGAUCAUGGGAGCUACAGAGUUAAAACAGAUACACUUGUUUCUGAGGACAAUUUCACUGGACUUUAUUCUCUUGAUAUGUUUAUCUGCCUAUGCUUGGAGAUGACUAACUCCUCUGCAAGAAAUGAUGGAUUUGUAACUUCUCCUGAUAAUAUCUAAACAUUAUCCAGCAAACAGGCAAUGAAAAUACUCAGACUUUACAGGUGACAAGGCUGUAGUCUAGCAGCACCCGGUGGCCCGGGCACCUUACUUUUGCUGUUGGGUGACUCAGGAAUUUUAGUUUUUUCAUAAAAAGCAUGUGCUGGGCACCGUAGUGUUCACAGUUUCAGGGCACUGGGCUCCAUUCAAUCUUCCUUAGAGCACAGCCUUGGGUAGGGGUUUACAUCUUGAUCUAACACCAAAUUCUUAUAAUUUUACUGAGAAACAUAUAGCAGCUAAAGGGAAGAAUUAAUUUUUUUUUUUUUUUUAGACUGUUUAUUGACUCAUUCCAGCAAUAUACAAAAUGGCUGAAUUACAGAGCUAUUCACAAAAAAUAUAAUACUAAAAUAUAAUAUAAUAAAUCCAAUAAUACUAGAAGGCAUAAUUAUACAAGCCACUAGGUAUACUUGUGCACGACGAACUCUUGCAUGCGCUUGGUCCUACAAGUAGGACGCAUGGAGCGGCUAAUGCCAGAUCUAAGAUUAUAAUUAUGCACAACCUCUUCCUGUUUAGGGAGGAUAAAAUGUAAGGGGUGAGUUGCAUUCCGGACUCUAUCAAUAUAAACCUGCCACGUUGAUAUUGAUAAUUAUUAUAUGGCUGUGUCUCACAAGGACUGGGAACUACAGAAUUCACCAAUUUGAUUGGCU